AUAAAAGCUUCACCUGAAUCCAUCGAGAAAUUUCGCGCUUCGUUAACUAAACUCGGUGAUAUCUAUGUUAAUGACGCAUUUGGAACUGCGCAUAGGGCUCAUAGUUCGAUGGUUGGUGUAAAGUUGGAUACGCGCGCUUGUGGAUUUUUGAUGAAGAACGAGCUAGUUUACUUUGGGAAAGCACUGUGUGAUCCUGCCAGGCCAUUUUUGGCUAUUCUCGGUGGUGCAAAAGUCGCGGACAAAAUUCAACUUAUUAAGAAUAUGCUUGACAAGGUGAACGAAAUGAUUAUUGGUGGCGGUAUGGCCUUUACGUUCCUCAAGGUUGACCAGAACGUCGAGAUAGGAAAGUCACUUUUUGAUCAGGAGGUAACUAAGAGUGCAUACUUCACUUUGAUUUGA